AUGCCGAAAGACGCCGCCCCUGAAGUGAUGCCCGACAUGCGUAUUGCCACGCUGAACAGCGUGAGCGGCAAGGUCGCGGUGGUGACUGGAGGUGCCUCGGGCCUCGGCAAGAUGAUGUCCGCGGCGCUUGUGCAGAACGGCUGCCGAGUCUAUAUUGCCUCGCGCAAGUUUGACGAGCUGCAGCGUGCGGCGGACCAGCUGAACCAGGCCGCCCCGAAGGAGGGCCCGUGGGAGGCCGGUACCGCCUGCAUUCCCGUCCAGGCCGACCUUUCGUCCAAGGCCGGCUGCGAUGCGCUGGCCGACAACGUGAAGCAGCGCGAGCAGAACCUCGACAUUCUCAUCAACAACUCCGGCCUGACCUGGGGUGGCAAGCGCGACGACUUCCCCGAGCAAAAGGGCUGGGACAAGGUGUUUGACCUGAACGUCAAGAGCCAGUUCUACCUGACGGUGGCGCUCCUCCCGCUGCUCGAGAAGGAGAAGUCGAACACGCACCACGCGAGCGUGAUCAACAUUGCGUCGGUCGCUGCCUACUCGCCCGCGGCCUCGGGCCCGCUGUCCGAGCCCGGCACGGGAACCUACAGCUACCAGCCGUCCAAGGCGGCGUCGGUGCACCUUUCGCGCAUGCUCGCGCACGAGCUCGCGGACAAGUUUGUGCUGGUCAACUCGAUCUGCCCCGGCGUCUUCCCCAGCCGCAUGACCUCGUGGAGUCUCGGCGAGAACAAGGAGAUCCUCGAGGGGGUGCAGCCGACCGGCCGCAUCGGCACGCCGGAGGACAUUGGCGGCCUCGUGCUCUUCCUCGCGAGCCGCGCGGCCUCGCACAUCACCGGAGCUGCGAUCCCUAUCGACGGCGGCCAGAUGCUCCAGUUCGUUCCGCGCCUCUAA